UGUGUGUGUUUCAAGAAAAAUACAGAAAAGCCAUCCACAAUAAGCUCUGCAGGGAGGAGGGAGGCUCUUGGACUCUUGACCAAAUGACAUCAUCAGCAUAAACAACAACAUCUGUUGUUUACUCUGGACUGAACUUCUUGUACAUGCCCUCUAACUGCGUUCUCGAUCACUUUUCUUGGGAAGUACUAAAGAAGUAGCACAUCCUGCGGAUCACUCUUCGUUUAUACAAUGAGGAUGUUUCUCCUCUUCUGCGUCCUCUGCCUGAUGACUUCUACUGGCUACAGUCAGGAUCCAGGUCCCAGAGGUCCCCCAGGUCCCAGAGGUGACAGAGGAGGACCUGGGCCAUCUGGGCCACCUGGGCCAUCUGGGCCACCUGGGCCAUCUGGGCCAAUUGGACUUACUGGAGCAUGGGGACGUCCUGGAGAACGGGGACGUCCUGGAACACCGGGAAGUCCUGGACCUGCUAUAUCCUGUGGACGAGAUCUCUCUGACUCCAUUAGCCAGGACCUUGGGACCUUAAAGAACAGCCAUGCAAAGUUAGAGUUGGCUAUAAACUAUGACUUUGUCCGAAGAGUUGGUCAGAAAUACUUUGUGUCCUACAAGGAGAGAGACUCUUUCUCCAGGGCCGUCGAGUUCUGCUCCCAACGAAACUUAGAGCUGGCUUUGCCCCAGAACGAGGAGGAGAACAACAUACUGACUCAGUUCUUCGGGGACAAUUACCAAACUGCCUGGAUCAACGUCAACAACAACAAGGCAGAGGGGAAUUUUGAGGCCGAUAUGAAAAAACGACCUCUGACCUUCACCAAAUGGGGAGAAGGGCAGCCAGACAGAUCCAUCCAGGACACAGGCUGCACCAUGCUGUCAGAAAACGGUGUCUGGCAAGUGACACCCGAAUGCUUCCUGAAUGCUUACAUCAUUUGUCAGAUAUAGAAAGGUCUUGUAUCCAUUGCAAGUCUCGCUGUAAUUGAACGUUCUUCAUGUAUCCCAUGUCUUAUAUAUUGGGAGUGAAGGGUUGUAACUGUCUUAAAUAUAAGUGGGUAGAAAAGUCAUCCUUAUGCAUUCACACCUGUUAAUAUCUGUGAAUGAAUCAAUAGUGGUGUUAAACCUAUCCUCAAGGGACUACAUGUAACCUGCUUCAAGGAUCCAGUUAUGAGGAAAAAAAGUUUUUUUGCUUUCAAGUCUAACAGUUUCCCAAAACAAUUAUCCCUGAUGAGGGAUAUCUAAUGUGAUAUAUUGUAUAUCCAUCUCACUAAAAAUGUAUUACAGCUUCAGCAGCAUGCCAUUAAUACUGUUGCACAGAUGUUGCUUUAUGAAAUGAAAGUAAACAAUAAAUGAAAUACUAUACAAGUUUAACAGAAA